UGACGGGAUUUGAUGCAGAGAGUGACACUCUCGUGAGAUCGCAGGACAGUGACUGCCAGGAAGACUGCCCCUCUGCGUAUGUGUUCUCUCCGCAACCAAUAGGAACAGCCCAGUCACCCACGCAGGGUGUAGUGGGUAUAUCUUCACAACAUUAGAAGAUGACGAUUAGGAACCAACUGCUGCCUCAAAGAUUACGUGUUGAAAGUAUAUAGUAGAAAUGGUAGCUUUUGCUAAGGCGGUUUGUUGCUUGCUACUCUUCGGGGUACCGGCUUCUACACAAGCUAAGGCCGUCGUCAGCAACGACACUGAUGUUCUUCUCGACCGUACCCUUAGUGCCUUGGGUGCCACUCUGGCCUUCUUCAGCAAGGAGUACCGAAGUGUCAACUUGGAUGCCAUUAUUGGCACAAGGAUCGUUGAAGGUACACUAAACGUUUUGCUUCGGAAGCUGGACAGAGAUGCCCUUUUUCCCAGUGUUCCCGUGGGACAAAUACAACAGAUCAAGCAGCUGAGAGAUCUGGCCAGGAAGGUCAGUGGCGAUGCCACUCCCUAUGUUGCCGAGGCCACGCCCAGCUACUAUAGACGUAUUGGCGACAUUUUGGCUGAUGGAUUCUGGGAGCUGGACUACCCAAGUCGUGACAUAGAUGCCAGCAUCCCGAUAUGGGAGUACAAGCUGGAGGAGACGAUGCAUGAGCAGGAUUCCGACGACUGCCUCACGGAGUUCUUCGGAACAGGCAAGACCAGUAAGAAGGAGUGUCAUAUAUCAGACAAGUGCUGGCGGAUGAUGACGGCAGAUGGCUACAGUGGAUACUCACUGUCACACGAGAUAUUCUACCUCGAAAUAGGAGAACGGUUCGGUUGCCUCCCCCAAAUGUUGUGGAAAGUCCUCACCCACCACCAGGCGUCGCUGGAGAGCCAAAGAGAGAAAUUCUGUGCUAACAUGUUGUCUGAAGCGCGCCUCCUAGCGGCAAACGAUUACCCUCCACCCAAACAAGAUCUCUUUAUGGAACAAGGUGCUCUUUGUGGAAUGUUGGGAUACCGGCAGUUCGUGAACUCUGACUGGCUUGAGAAGAUCCUUGGCUGGCAAGAUCUGAAUGUUGGAUGUUUCCGAGGGACUCCUUCAGAUGGACUUGGCAGAGAUGAUGUACACUUCAAGAGGAACCCACUGCGAGUGAAGAGGGAGGAGAAACGUUUGAGUGACGGGUGUUUAUGUCACAGGACGACAGUAGCAGCUGCUGCGCUUGCGCAGUACGUAAGGUUUAUUCUGGAGGCGAAGUUGGAGGCGGAGGGGAACCCUAUUACAUCAUAAACACUCGGUACAAAUGACGUCAUGCUGGUUGUGUGAGCUGCGAUGCGAAAUAAAAUGUGUUUAUUUUUU